GACUAGCCCAGGGACACCACCAAGAGCAAGGUGGGAUCCAACGUUACUUUGAUCAAUGUCAUGCAGCUGCCUGGACUCAACACGUUGGGAAUCUCGUUGGCUCGCAUUGACUACAUGCCCUUAGGACAGAAUCCUCCACACACACACCCACGUGCCACGGAGAUCCUCACCGUGCUUGAAGGGACACUCUACGUUGGAUUUGUCACCUCCAACCAAGCUGACAGAAGCAACAAGCUAUUUGCCAAGGUUCUCAACAAGGGCGAUGUGUUUGUAUUCCCCCAAGGACUAAUCCACUUCCAGUUCAACCCGGCCCAUGACAAGCCAGCAGUCGCGCUCGCUGCUCUAAGUAGCCAGAACCCUGGAGCUAUUACUAUUGCCAAUGCAGUCUUUGGAUCAAAGCCACCUAUCUCGGAUGAUGUCCUAGCUAAGGCCUUUCAGGUGCAAAAGGGUACAAUUGAUUGGCUUCAAGCUCAGUUUUGGGAGAACAACCACUAUUGAAAAAAAUAAAUCAAGUUACAGUUCAUUGUAUGGGAAUAUAAUGAUUUAUUUACAUUUUACAUACUACUCUAUGUAUUUAUUUUUUCUA